AUGGCCACCUCCACCAUGUCUGUCUACUCCGACGCCCACACUGAGUCCUCCUGGCAGGUGGACGACUGUCCAGAGAGCUACUGUGAGCCCUGCUGUGCCCCCAGUGGCUGCCAGUCCAGCUGCUGUGCCCCGGCCCCCUGCCUGACCCUUGUCUGCACCCCAGUGAGCUGUGUGUCCAGCCCCUGCUGCCAAUCCACCUGCCCCAGCUCCUGCACACCAUGCUGUCAACAGUCCAGCUGCAGCUCCUCCCCCUGCCAGCAGUCCUGCUGUGUGCCCCUCUGCUGCAAGCCUGUCUGCUGCACACCAGUCUGCUGUAAACCUGUCUGCUGUGCUCCCGUCUGCUCUGGAUCCCCCUGCGGCCAGCAGUCUAGCUGCCAGCCCUCAAGCUCCCAGUCGUCCUGCUGUGUGCCCCUCUGCUGCAAGCCCGUCUGCUGCAGACCCUGCUCCAGCGUGUCCCUGCUCUGCCGCCCCGUGUGCAGACCUGCCUGCUGCGUGCCCGCCUCCUCCUGCUGUGCCUCCUCCUGCCAGCCUAGCUGCUGCCGUGGGUCCUCCUCCGUGUCCCUGCUCUGCCGCCCGGCCUGCUCCAGCCAGGCCUGCUGA